AUACUUAUGGGUGAAGAUUUUCAAAGCCAAAAAAGGAAGUAUGGAAGCGUUCUCAUACUUAAUAGCCAAUCUGCUCCACGGGGACGCCCCUCCUUGGUCUGUACAGCAGCAGCAGUUCCCCACCGGCCGUUGCUGGGUCCUACCUUUCCGAUCAGACGGUCACCACUGCUCUUCCCUCUCUCUCUCUCUCGCAGAGCCUGGUCUAGGGUUUUCGAUUUUGAUCUUCAUCUCCGGCGCGGUUCCUCAAUUUCACCCCUGCGCGUUUUCAUCGGACCAUAAUGGAGAGACCAUCUGGUCAUGGUUUUGAUUCAGAUGAAGGUGACCCUGACAUGCAAGCUGAAAGUGAUGGAGAACUUGAAAGGAUGGAAGAUGAUUGUCCAAAGAAUUUGGAUUUAUGUGUGCGCAAUGAGGACAUUGGAGAACAAUCUGCUGGAAAAUUUUCUAUGAAUGGGGAGGUCGUAGAACCAUAUGUAGGCAUGGCUUUCAACUCAAGAGAUGAAGCUAAAGACUUUUAUAUUGCUUAUGGUAGGCGUAUUGGUUUCACCGUGCGUAUACACCAUAAUCGUCGUUCGCGAGUGAACAACCAGGUUAUUGGUCAGGAUUUUGUUUGUUCGAAGGAAGGCUUUCGAGCAAAGAAAUAUGUAUAUAGAAAAGAUAGAGUUCUUCCCCCACCCCCUAUCACUAGGGAAGGAUGUCAAGCAAUGAUAAGGCUAGCCUUCAGGGAUGGAGAAAAGUGGAUAGUCACCAAGUUUGUUAAAGAGCACAAUCAUAAAUUAAUGAGUCCUGGUAAAGUCCCGUGGAGGGGAUCUGGAAAGCAUUUAAUGAGUGAGGAUGAGAAGGAUAAGAGAAUCCGAGAACUAUCCCUUGAGCUGUACAAUGAGAGGCAAAAAUGUAAACGCCGAUGUGCUGCAUACGAAGAACAAUUAAAUACAAUACUAAGAGAUUUAGAGAAACACACAGAACACAUUUCAAAAAAAGUUGCAGACGUAGUUCAGAGCAUAAGAGAGAUAGAAGAGGAACAAUCUGAAGACACUGAUAAGAAAUAUCUUUGGGCAGGACCUAUUACAAACAAACUAUUGCCAAAGCCACCAACGGAGGAUGAAAGCAUGAGCAGAACCUUUAGCUGCUCCAGAAGCAAUAGAAAUAUGUUUUGGCAGGUCCUAUAAUUAUUAGUAGCUCUGGUGGAUAUCCUUGUUGAUGGACCAAAUCUUCUGAUUUUUAGCUUCUUGAUUGCCUCAGCCCUCAAUCACAAACUUCUUGUUCCUUCAAUGAUCACAGUCAAGCAAGCUUCUCAGUUCGUCUUUAUCCUUGCAAGUGGCGAAGCUGCCAAAAAUCAGAAGUAUAUGCUGCAUGUUCUUUCAUCACAUUAGGUCAAACAGCUGGGUGAAAGUUCAUUUUGAUGUAAGAAUUGUGGUGUAUGAAAAAAACCCUUGACCUUGGGAUUGUCUUGAUGAAGUUACAACCACUGAAAAUCAAGCGAUCGAUACUCAAGUUUGUGAUGAAAUUCUUUGAAUUUUUUAGGCCAAAAGAGUUGUGAAUUGUAAUUUUUGGGCUUGCCAUGGAUUACUAUAUUCGAUCAAAAAGGAAGACAUAAUAUAUUUAUGGGGAAUUUACUUUGUGUGC